CGCGAGACCGGCCGGCCGGUCAGUCGGUCUCUCCGCCGACCGAUUCGGGAUUCGGCACCCACACACAGCUGGCAGCCUCGCACCUCCCGCUACAAAAGGCUUCGCACUUGGUCAUACACUUGAACAUUUCCUUUUCUUCCAGUAGUUCCAUUUCCUACAAAUAAACACGAAAAUCACCAAAUGGAGUGCAUCGUGGAGCAGCAGCACGAGCAGAUCACGGAGGCGCCGGAGACCGACGGCGCCAAGCUGCUCGUCGAGCUCCUGGACGCGUCGCUGGCCGCCGAGGAGGAGUCAUCAGCAGCGGCAGGGCCAGGGAGGGGCAGCAACCAGCAGCUCGGCUUAUUCCCAGCCGACGACGGCUGCUGGCUCGGCAGCCUCCAGGAGGAACUGAACUACUCGUCGAUCCACGCGCACCUGCAGGAGGAGGAGGACUGCGAGGACUGCGGGCUCGACGGCAUCCUCCUCCAGUCCGGCUUCGAGGGCUGCCGGUGUUCGGCUUCGCCGCCGCCGUAUGCCAAUGAGCCCGUGGAGCACUGGACGGAUGAGAUGGCCCUGGGCCCCUUCGACGGCGAGUGCGUCGGGGAGUGGUACAUGGACGGCAUGGCCAUGGAUUCGGGGUGGGACGACGGGAGGAGUUACUACUCGUUUUGUUACCCCGCCUAUGGCGGCGAGGCCUGCGCGGAGCAAUUCUACAACAGCCCGUUGUUGGAGUGAUGAACUAGCACUAGUGUCAGUGUGUGUGUGUUAGCUGUGAAGCGUUUAGUUUCUACUCGUACUCGGUAGUGCUUAGGCAUGCCUGUUCUGUUUGCUUUGCAUGCCAUUUCUGCAUUUGGCAAAUUUAGCACCGGUGCCUGAAUUUGCUGAAGAGAUCAUCAGUUGUUGGGUACUGAACUACUGGUUAAUUAAAUUCAGCUCGUAUAAAACUGUUGGUUUUGGCGUGCAUUUAUUUGUA